AAAAAAAAAAAAAGCCUUCUCUUCUUCCUCUCUCAUAUAUUUUUAUCACCUCUCUCUCCAUCUCUCGCUCUCUGUCUCUCCUCCAAACCCCUCGAAACCUACCCUUAUCAACAUCUUCAUCAAAAAAAAUUCUUCCCCUUGGAUUUCAUUUCCAUAAUUUCAAAAGGGAAUUUUUUUUUUCGAGGGAAACAAAGAAACUCCCCAACAAGAUCACAGGUUCCGGACAAUCAAUUCGGCGACGACCUUACACCACCGCCUUCUUGCACCUUCUGCGUUGAUCGAUCGUUAGAAAUUGUGGGUUCGAGGAAAACAACGAUAAAAGGGGGGAAAGGAGAGAGCUUUUUUUUCCUGAUCAUUUCGUGGAAGGAGGAGGAGAAGGAGAAAGAAGAGGGGAGCUAAAGGGAUACAGAAAGAAAAAGGCAGAAGAGCUAUGGAUGCAGAUUCGUGGAGCGCUCGUCUCUCUUCUGCUUCUAAGAGAUAUCAAUCAGCUCUUCAAUCGCGAUCUGAUAUGUUUAUGGGGUUUGAAGAAAUCGAUGUUGAUGAUGAUAUGAGGGAGGAGUUUCCGUGCCCUUUCUGUUCAGAGUACUUCGAUAUUGUUGGCUUGUGUUGCCACAUCGACGAUGAGCAUCCUGUGGAAGCAAAGAACGGGGUUUGUCCAGUUUGUGCCAUGAGGGUGGGUGUCGAUAUGGUUGCCCACAUAACCUUACAACAUGGAAAUAUUUUCAAGAUGCAGCGGAAAAGGAAAUCACGCAGAGGCGGAGCUCAUUCGAGCCUUUCUUUGUUGAGGAAAGAGUUGCGAGAGGGAAAUCUACAAUCCCUUUUCGGUUCUUCUUGUAUAGUUUCGUCGUCAAAUGCUGCUCCUGAUCCAUUGUUGUCGUCUUUCAUUCUACCCAUGGGAGAUGAUUUCACGUCUCCACAGACGUCCUUUUCAACUGAAACGAGUUUCUCUAAGAAAGGCCCUGAAGAGAGUAUUAUAGAAAGAAAAGCAAAGUCACCUCCAUUGUCGAUCAAGGAUAAGGAGGAGAAAGCAAAAAGGAGCGAGUUUGCUCAGGGGCUCUUGUUGUCCACCAUUUUUGGUGAUGAUGUUUCAUAAGGACAAAGGGGGCGAAACAGGAAAACUCUGAACUGAGACAGGCCAUGCUAAAAUGCUCCUUCUUGGAAGAAGAAGAAGAAAAAGAAGAAGAAAUCUUUAAUGGUUUGUUUGUAGCAGUGAAAUAUGGAAGUUGUAUUAUCAAGUGGUUGAGAAAAUAAGCUUUGUACUUUGAAGUAGUGUAAGUUUAUCAAUAUGCUUUCAUGUGAAACCUCUUUCUUAGUUGUUGAGACCUGAAAAGACUUUUCCUUUCAGGUCUCUUCGUUAAAUUGAAAAGAUAAAGAAAAGAAAAAGGCCAAAGAAGAAAUAAUAACCUCUUUUUUAUAUUA